AUGAGAGGAGUAAAUGGGAAAAUUGGCUUCCAGCGCCUGCAAAUACGAGAUGUCGUGAUUGCUGCUGUGAGGCGUAACCGUCUGACAUCUGGGGCCACAGACCAAGAAAUAGAUUCCACUGUCAAAAGAUGGCUGCACCUGGCUCCGGAUAGGGAUGGUGGCCGGAAAGAGAGGAUGAAGAGAAAAGAGAACCAUAUGGAAGUGAAAGAGGAAAGUCAAGAACUGAUUAGAGGAGUGGAGGAGAACCAACAUCAUUUCAUCACUGGAGAAAACUCUGGUAGUAGCUCUCAAAAUAAGAAGACGGUCACCUGCCCUCAGUGUGGACAGAGUUUCAUAGAAAGAGGACGCCUUAAGGAACACAUAAGAAUACAUACUGGAGAGAGGCCUUACAAAUGUGAUCACUGCGGAAAGACUUUCAGACAGUGUGGGAAGAGUUUCACAGAAAACGGACACCUGAAGAAUCACGUAAGGAUUCACUCUGGAGAGAGGCCUUUCACCUGCCCUCAGUGUGGACAGAGUUUCAUACGUAAAGGAGAUCUCAAGAGUCACAUUAGAAUUCAUUCUGGUGAGAGGCCUUUCAGAUGCCCUCAGUGUGGAAAGUGUUUCAAAUGGGCAAAUGGUCUCAAAGAUCAUUUGAGCACUCACUCUAAGAGAAGGCCAUUUAACUGUGAUCAGUGUGGUGAACAUUUUAGUGUGGCUUCAAACUUGGAGGCACACUUGAAAAUCCAUGCAAAUGAGAGACCUUACUUAUGUUCUUUUUGUGGAAUGAGAUUUUCACUGCUGGACUAUUUGAAAGAGCACCAGAAAAUACAAACAGGUGUCAAAUCUCUUGUGUGCUCUGAAUGUGGGAAUACUUUCGCUAGAGCCAGCUGCUUGAAAGAGCACCAAAAGCUUCAUUUAGGAGGAAAACCUCACAAGUGUUCUUAUUGUGGAAAGAGUUUCAGUCAUUCAGGACACCUGAAAACAUGCGAGAGUGCACACUGGAGAGAAGCCAUAUCCCUGCUCUUCGUGUGGGAAGAGUUUCAGCACAUCAAGUACACUACAAAGACAUAG